AUGAGACAAGUAAAAUUAUGCGUUACAGGUUCUGUACCAGUCUACUGCUCUACAUCGUUGCCACUGCACCUCCCAUAUGGCUGCUUGAAACAAAAUUAUGUCAGUGGCGAAGAGAAUACGAGUUGCUUGGCGAAAGUACAAUCGAAAUCAACGGUCCAGAAAAGGAGCUACAGUUGCAACUACUUGAACAACUUCUCCUUGUCGUGCUCAUUAUUGGCCGUUGGCUUUCUGCCAAAAGGAGACAUCAGUCGUGAACAGCUGUCUCAGAUCCUACUUGCCUAUCUUGCAAUUUCAUCAGACAUUGUCGAAUUUUCGUAUGUUUUCAAAGAGAAGCUGUGUAUAACAACAGCAAUGUCCAACAGAUCGUGCUUGCUGCUUGGACGUAUUUCUUUUCAGCUCAGUCUCCUUCAAUUCCCGUUCGUGCUUACUGUCAGCCGAGCAAGAAAGAUGAGGGUUGCUAUCACGAAGACAUAUGAGGAGCUUAUUAUGCCUCACACUAGACCGCCAAAUUUUUGGGAGAUAUUCUAUGACGUUGACAUUUGGGCUAUUAUACUAGCCAACUCUCUCCAGGAUAUUCCCUUUCUACUAGUCCGUUUAUAUUUGAUGUUACAACACAGCCUCGUCACCUACACAAUGAUCUUCUUCACUUGCAAAAAUGCACUUAUUAUUGCACUUCAGACGUACAGGUAA